ACAAGCAGGGCCGCAGGCUGCCAGUGUACAGGUAACGUUCCUGGCGCUGUGGUACAAGCAGGGCCGCAGGCUGCCAGUGUACAGGUAACGUUCCUGGCGCUGUGGUACAAGCAGGGCCGCAGGCUGCCAGUGUACAGUUACGACGCGCGGGGAGAGUCGGGCACGCAUCAGCCGAACAAUGAAGUGCUGGAGGGCAGAGGAACGUUCAUCACGAGCAGCGCACCAGCGCGCCUGGUGCUAAGUCCUGUCACCGCUGCCGACCAGGGCAUUUACACCUGCAGAGUGGACUACGUCACCUCGCCUACACACAACACCAUGGUCAACCUGUCCGUUAUUGAGCCACCAGAGAGGCUGGACGUGUACACGCUGACCGACGAGAUUGUGUCGGGGGACCUCGUUGGUCCUGUGAGCGAGGGCGCCCCGUUACAGCUCUACUGCGUCGUCAGAGGAGAUAUCGCUGGAUCGAAAGUUGUAAUUCGAAGAUGA